AUGUCAAAUCCGCAGUUCACAUUCCGCGAAACAACCUUCACGAGCCCCUCCCUCCUGCUAACCCGACGCCGCACCGUCUCCCGCACCACCGUCCACACCCAACUCGAACAGCUCCGCGCCAACGGCCAAUACGACUGCUUCAAGCUGAAAUGGCACCCCAUCUUCGACGACAAAUCGCGCUGGCCCGCGCCCCUCCACCUAUUCUGGGACAGCGACGUCGCCAAGUGGAUCGAAGGCGCCUGCUACUUCUUAGUUGAAGAGUACGACGUAAAGAUCGACGCCGCGGUCCGCGAGCUCGUCGACAUGAUCCGCUCAGCGCAGCACGAAGACGGCUACCUCAACGUGCACUUUUCCGUCGUCGAGCCCGGGAAGCGCUGGACUAAUAUCCGUGACAUGCAUGAGAUGUACAACGCAGGCCACCUCAUCGAGGCAGCACUAUCGCAUUUCCAAUACUACAGGAACGAACUCCUAAUGGAGCCGAUCCGGAAGUACAUCGCCCACAUCCGCCAGCGUUUCGGCCCCGGCGAGAACCAACUCCGCGCCUACCCAGGCCACCCGGAGAUCGAGCUCGCCCUGCUACGGUUCUACUCCGCGACGGGCAGCCAGGACGCGUACGACCUCGCGCGCUUCUUCCUCGAGGAGCGCGGCAACCCGACGGGCCAGGACGGCAAGCACUUUUACGACUGGGAGGCCGAGCAGCGCGACGAACCACGCUGGAAGAGACCCAACUCGUGGCCCAUGGACCGCUCGUUCUGGUACUGCCAGGCCCACCUCCCCAUCCUCCAACAGACGACGGUAGAAGGACACGCCGUGCGGGCCAUGUACCUCCUCACCGCCGCCGCCGAUCUUCUCAGCCUCUCAUCAUCAUCAUCAUCAUUAUCAUCAUCACAACAACAACCCUCCGACCACCACACCUCCCGCAGCAGCACGCUAGUGAGGUCCCAACAACCGCUGACGAACUCCGCCGAGUGGCUCGACGCCCUGCUGCGGUUGUGGUCCAACAUGGUCCACAAGAAGAUGUACCUCACGGGCGGCAUCGGGGCGGUCGCGCAGUGGGAGGGUUUCGGGAUAGACUACUUCCUGCCGCAGGGGCCCGACGAGGGCGGAUGCUACGCCGAAACCUGCGCGUCGGUGGGCGCGAUGAUGCUCGCCGAGAGGCUCCUGCACGUGGCGCCGCUGGACGGGGAGUACGGCGACGUGAUGGAGCUGUGUCUCUACAACAACGUCAUGACGGCCAUGAGCGCCGACGGCAGGGCCUUCACGUACGAGAACCAGCUCGCCAGCUGCGACGCCGCCAGGAGCGAGAGGGAGGACUGGUUCGUGUGCGCGUGCUGUCCGCCCAACGUCACGAGGUUGUUCGGCAGUCUCGGGGGUUACUUGUGGGAUUACGGCGGCGAUACGCGUGAGGCUUUCGUCAACGUGCACUUGUACACGAGCGCCGAGGUGAAGUUCCGAGUGGGCGGCGGCGGCGGCGGCGGCGACAAGGAGAUUGGGUUCUCGCAAAAGUCGAAUUGGCCGUGGGAGGGCAACGUUCUCUUCCAGCUCAAGGGCGCCGAGGACGUCGCGACAAAGAUCCGCCUGCGCAUCCCCGCCUGGUCGAGGGGCGAGUUCGUCCUCACGCCGACGCCGCGGCGGGGCGAGUCCGGCGUGGAGAGGGGGUAUCUGUACCUCAGCUCGGCGUACGUUGCCGAGAACCCCGUCUUUUCGCUCCACAUUCACGGCUUCUCCCCGCGGUACGUCGCACCUCAUCCGUACACGAACCAACGGACGUUGAGUCUUGCGAGGGGUCCGAUUGUGUAUUGCGUCGAGGACGCCGAUAACGAGUGGGAGGAGAACCAUUUCAAGGAUAUUGGCAUCAAGGCCGGAGAAAAGGUUGAGGAGGAGUGGCGGGCCGACGACAAGAGUGGAGAAGAGUACUUUGCGUUGAAGACGACCGGGUGGGAGCGUUCUCCUGAGGUUCUGGGAAGGGGAGAGGGGGGAAAGGAGAGGGACCUCGUGUUUGUGCCGUUUUACUUCCGCUCUAACAGGGGCGGAAAGGGGCAGAUGAGGGUUGGGCUAAGAGACGAUGGGAGAUAG